UUGAUUGUCAAAAUUGCGGCAAAUAAAGUGGUGGCUUUCGGAAGACCCUACUUUUUGUAUUCCGUACAAGGUGGCGUCCUGAACUAUAUAAUACAAAACAAACAAAAGGAAAAGAAAUCACUUGUUAUAUUUGAAGAUUUAAAUUAAACAAUGAAAAACUGAUCUAAAACUAAACCGAAAUGACGCGUGUUAAAUUGUGAAAGCACGAAUUAUAUAAACAAAUACCUCCAAAUGCAGUUCUUUGCGUUUUAUGCCGAUUACUUAUGCCGUGGCAAGGAAGUGUGUGUGCGUGUGUAUAAUUUCUUCUUCUUCAAGUAAUUACCCGUCCUUUUGUUUGUAGAUGUAUUCUUGAGACAUGAAGUCGCAACGAUUUUGAAAGGCGAAAUCUUGUGUUUUAUCAUUUUUGGCUGUACACUCUGCCAUCAACGAUGCAUCGAUAUUUUUCGGGUCUGAGCAUCGAUGUAUCGUUCUAAACAUCGAUGUUGUAUUGCAUACAUAUAGGCACUAAUCAGGCAUAGAUAAAACUAUUGAUUUUAAGUCCAGCAAAUGUUUAUUAUAUUUGUAAUUGCUUAAAAUAAAUUAGUUGUCGAAGAAAGCUAAAAAAUUGACUAUGGUGUGAAUAAAACCAAGUCGUACAUCAAACGUAACACUUAAGAAAUUUAGAAUAUUAUUCAAGUGCUGAUAUAACAUUAAAGUCAAAUCCCGUCUUGAAUAUCGCAAUCAGCAAGCUUUUGCAGUAGUAUGAAGCGUCAGAACGUUCGCACCCUAUCGUUGGUCGUCUGUACAUUCACUUAUUUGCUCAUUGGUGCGGCAGUCUUCGACUCCCUCGAGUCGCGGACCGAAGCGAAGCGUUGGGAAUUCUUGCAAGCGGUGAAGAAUAAUUUUGUUAAAAAGUACAAUGUCACCGCCGAAGACUACCGCAUGAUGGAAAUAGUGAUUAUCGAGAACAAACCACACAAAGCGGGGCCGCAGUGGAAGUUUGCUGGAGCAUUUUAUUUUGCCACUGUGGUUCUGGCUAUGAUCGGCUAUGGUCAUUCAACACCAGUAACGAUUGGCGGCAAAGCCUUUUGUAUGGCAUACGCAAUGGUGGGUAUUCCACUGGGCCUGGUCAUGUUCCAGUCGAUCGGUGAACGUCUGAAUAAAUUCGCGUCAGUAAUAAUACGUCGCGCGAAACGUUAUAUGCACUGCAGCCAAACCGAGGCAACGGAAAUGAAUCUUAUGUUGGCAACGGGCAUGCUAUCAUCCAUCAUUAUAACCACUGGCGCAGCAGUCUUUUCACGCUACGAGGGCUGGAGUUAUUUCGACAGUUUCUAUUACUGCUUUGUGACGCUCACAACCAUCGGCUUCGGUGACUAUGUGGCGUUGCAAAACGAUCAGGCGCUGAUCAAUAAACCCGGCUAUGUGGCGCUCAGUUUGGUGUUUAUACUAUUUGGGCUGGCGGUAGUUGCCGCCAGUAUCAAUCUGCUAGUACUGCGCUUCAUGACAAUGCAAGCCGAAGACGCCAAGCGUAACGAACAGGAUGCUCAACAAGCCGCAGCCGCAGCUGCUGCGCUCUCCAAUCAACAACUCGCGUAUGAUGUCGAGUCUAGUAAUUUCAAUAUGCACGGCAAAUUGUUGGCUAACUCACAUUAUACGACAGAGUACGACGAAACCGUAUCAAUCUGUUCAUGCACAUGCCUCGGCGGAACAAGGUGCCUCAAUCAUGAGACGUUCGCCGAUCCUGAUUUUCGGCCAACUGAUAUCAUUGAGAGUACUUUGAGUCUGAAGCGUGCGUCAGUUUGAUAUAUGUGUACUCCCAUAGUGUUGGAAAAGAAGUGUUGCUGUGAUUGCCUGAAAACAUUGUAAAGCACAAUUUACCCGGACAAGUAAGGUGUUCGUACGCGCAUACAUACUAACAUAGUGGCGUACGCACAUAUUCAUGGAUAAGUGCAUUCCUUGUACUUCCAUAUUUAUGCAGGUACAUACUUAGUUUCAUACGAGAUGUCCACGCUUUAUAGAACUUACCUUAUUGAAUUGUAUACAUAUUUAUGGAUGUGUGUACGAACAUGUGCCCAUAAAAAAGAUUAAUUUAAACUUCCAAAUUCCGAAAUGAUGGUAGGAGGAACUUCUAAUCUACACCUCGCGUGUAUAAUGAUGAGAUAGAUUCCGAGAUUGGCUAUUUUCCAACCCACAAUUGGAAUCACUUAGCCCCCUAUUGAAAAUCAAUGUAUAAGGUGUAACAUCAAAUAUGCAUGAGUCAUUCAUGCAAGCUCAUCCCAUUUUAAAUAAAAUACUACUCCAUGCGUAUGUACAUAAACACCUAUAGUCGCUUACCAAAAUAGUUUCACAAAAUAAUUUAAAUACUUAAAGAAUUAGA